AUGCGAGUGGUGAAGGAGUGGCGAACCUUGUUCGUGGGCGCGAAUAACUCGGCGUUCGUGUUCGAUCUCGAUCGAACUCUAGAAUCCUCGACGGCUACGAAGUUAGACUGGAUGCCGGACUCGGUCGACAAGAAGAAGUGCAGAUUGAAAGGGAAGGAAGAACACGACUGCCAGAACUACGUGAAAAUCGUAACUCCGGAUUUAACGAACGGUCGAGUGUUGAUUCGCGGAACCAACGCUCAGAAACCGAAGUGCAUUCAUGCCGAGAUGUCGAACUUAUGGAGUGGUUGGAGGAGAAGGAACGCGACGGACGGCCUGUACAAUUGUCCGUUCGCCGUUGAUCAAAAGGUAACUUCCGUCUUCGCGGAGGGUAGCCUGUACGCCGGGACAGUCGCCGAUUUUAACGGCAGGGAUUCCGCACUGACGAGGUCGAUGGGCAACGCCGUUCCUCUCAUAACCAAGAGGCACGAUUCGUUGUGGCUGAAUCACCCGAAAUUCGUCGGUUCGUUUGUAGAGGGAAGAGAAGUGUUUUUCUUCUUCCGAGAAGUUUUCGUAGAAAACUGCGAGAAGAUUUACCGUUUGCGAAUCGCUCGCGUUUGCACCGAUGACAAGGGAGGCAGAACGAUACUGGACUCCAGCUGGACGACUUUUCUGAAGGCGCGACUCGACUGUUCGUUCCGAGGGGAAUUUCCGUUUCGCUUCAACUACCUGCAGGACGUCGUGCGGACCGUCCGCGGAGGAAAGGUCUUCUACUACGCAGUUUUCACGACGGGGGAACACGAAAUACCCGCCUCGGCCAUCUGCCGUUUCGGCCUCGACGACAUAAGGGACAACUUCGAAAGAGGUCCGUUCUUUCGACCGACGGCGCCUUGGGGACGCAUCCCGGACGAGGACGUUCCGGACAACAGACCGGGCGAUUGUUCGGUCGACUCGACUCUACUCUCGUACGAAGAUCUAAACUUCGUGAAAUCCCACCCGUCGCUGUACGAACCGGUCGGAAGUGGGGACCCGCUCUUUACGCUCGUUCGACAAAACUACAGGUUGAAGACGUUGACCGUGACUGAGACCG